AUGCAUCCCCAUCUCUUCCCAACCAUCACGUUGUCCUUGAUGAUAGUAAUCCAUUGUCCAACAUCUUUGCGUGCGGAUAAUGAGAAAUACCUCACCUGUGAGGCACCAUUUAACUGUGGCAACUUUUUGAACCUCAAUUAUCCAUUCUGGGCAUCCGAUCGACCAAACUAUUGUGGCCACCCUAGUUUUCAGUUAAACUGCAGCAGCGAUGUUCCGCAGAUCAACAUCACUACCAUGAAUUACAGAGUCCUUGAAAUCAAUAACUCAUCACGGACUCUUAAGGUUGCUAGGAUGGAUUACUUAAACACGAUUUGCCCUGCUGCGUUCGUUAAUACCACCAUUGAUAACAACUUAUUUUCCUAUAUUACUUCAAGUGAUACGAACCUGACACUCUAUUAUAAUGCCGUACGCCUCAACGCUAUCGGAGCAUGCAACUACUGGGUCAAUGUUCCAAUUUUGCAAUCAGAAGUUCCAACUAAUGCAACUUAUGAUGCAGUACUUACAGCUAUUGAUAGCGGUUUCAUGUUAGAGUGGGAUGCAGAUAAUUUCCAAUGUGAUACAUGCCUCGAGGCUGGAGGGCUGUGUGGUUCCGACCCAACCACGGGUACAUUCGCUUGCCAUUGUACAAGCGGGACUUUUGCAUCCGGUUGUAGCACUGUAUCGACAAGAUCAUCUCUCAAGCUAAAUGUUGGGCUUGUCAUAGGUAUUGCGGCUGCUGUGCUUGGGAUUAUAGUAGUCUGUAUCAUAAUAUGCUGCCUUAGAAGAGAACAAUUGAGUAAGGCAUUGAUCUUUUGGAGGACAGCAAGGAAAAACGAUGAAAAUGUCAAGGCAUUUAUAUUGAAUUAUGGUUCACUUGCUCCCAAGUAUUAUAGUUAUUCAGAGAUCAAGAAGAUGACCAACUCAUUCAUAAACAAACUAGGGAGGACAACAAGGAAAAAUGAUGAGAAUAUCAAGGCAUUUAUAUUGAAUUAUGGUUCACUUGCUCCCAAGCAUUAUAGUUAUUCAGAGAUCAAGAAGAUGACCAACUCAUUCAUAAACAAACUAGGGCAAGGAGGAUACAGCAGUGUAUACAAAGGAAAGCUACCAAAUGGUAAGCUUGUGGCAGUAAAAGUUCUAAGUGAAUCCAAAGGCAAUGGAGAAGAUUUUAUUAAUGAAGUUGCAAGCAUUAGUAGGACUUCUCAUGUUAAUAUCGUCACUCUUUUAGGUUUUAGUUGUGAAAAGAACAAGCGAGCUCUAAUAUAUGAAUUUAUGCCCAAUGGUUCUCUAGACAAGUUCAUAUACCAUCGAGAUUCUUCAGCAACAAAUUGUCAUUUGGAAUGGAAAACAUUGUACAAAAUUGCAGUUGACAUUGCUCGAGGACUAGAAUAUUUACAUCGAGGUUGUAGCACAAGGAUUCUGCAUUUUGACAUAAAACCUCAAAAUAUUCUUUUAGAUGAAGAUUUCAACCCAAAAAUAUCUGAUUUUGGCCUUGCUAAACUCUGCCAAAGAAAAGACAGCAUUGUAUCAAUGCUUGGCAUGAGAGGAACAGUAGGGUAUAUUGCCCCAGAAGUAUUUCGUCGGAACUUUGGAGGGGUCUCUCAUAAGUCUAAUGUCUAUAGCUUUGGAAUGCUUGUUCUUGAAAUGGUUGGAGGAAGAAAGAAUUUUGAUAAUGGAGUGUCCAACAGUGGCGAAAAAUAUUUUCCAGAUUGGAUUUAUAAAGAUCUUGAACUAGGUAUGGGUGGAAGAACAUAUGGGGUCAUGACAGUGGAGGAACAAGAGACAACAAGGAAGAUGAUACUGGUGAGUUCAUGGUGCAUUCAGAUAAAUCCAUCUGAUCAACCAUCCAUGAAUAAGGUGGUAGAGAUGUUAGAAGGAACCCUUCAUUCCUUACAAAUUCCACCAAAGCCUUUCUUGUGUUCGCGUAAAGGGUCACUAGUAGAUUCUUCCACAACUACGUAA